AUGUUGCCAGAACCAAUAAACAUCGACAAGUGGGUCAGGGACAACGAGCACCUACUACAGCCUCCGGUCAAUAACUUCUGCCUUCACAGAGGUGGUUUCACUGUCAUGAUAGUUGGUGGGCCUAACGAAAGAACUGAUUAUCACGUCAAUCAGACUCCUGAAUGGUUCUACAUGUAUAAAGGUCAUAUGUGCUUGAAAAUAGUUGAUAAAGACGAUGAUGGUAAAAGCCUAUUUAGAGAUGUAAUUAUCAACAAGGGCGACUCCUUCCUCUUGCCUGGAAAUGUCCCUCAUAAUCCUGUUCGUUUUGCCAACACAAUUGGAAUCGUCGUUGAGCAAGAUAGACCAUCCAAUCUCAACGAUCAAAUAAGAUGGUACUGUUCAAAUUGUAAAGAAAUUGUUUACAACAAAGAGUUUUAUCUAACUGAUCUAGGAACCCAAAUCAAAGAAGGAAUCCUAGAAUUUGACAGGGACUUGGAUAAAAGAACUUGCAAAAACUGUGGAACAUUAAACUACUCAAAGCCUCAAAUUUAG